GAGACACAUAGUCAUCGUUGUGGAUGAUUACAGAGUGGCCUCUUUGGAGUCACAUGGAUACCUUUGGACACUUUUCCAGGCACCCGAAAAAAGAUGUUUUUCCUGUUCAUCUCAGGCUUUUCUCUUCUUUACUUUUUCCUUUUCUUUCUUCAAACUUUCUUAAUAGAUCUUCAUCAGAAUAUCUGGGGUUAUUAUCAGCUUUUCUGUCAUCUUUCUGAAUUUAACGUCAAGUGUCUGACCACAUUAUUACCUAAUGAAACCUUACUCACAUCUUAAUUAGGCACCUCUGGUUUUGUUUGGGAUAUGACUGUUCCUUCAAAUAAAAAAAAUGGUACCCGUUUCACGAAAUUAGAUAUGCCUGAAUUUGGAGUUUGGACCUACUGAUUUGAUUUUCCCUUUUAAUUUUUCUAUGUUAUUCUAUUUUUGAGGAAUAUCCUGAAACAGUAUUGGUCUCUCUCUUUCUCUCUUUCCAAGUGCCAUAGAGAAUCUCUCGCUGCUCCUCCGACUGGUCUUCAAUGUAAUCUCACGUGCAGCAUGCUGUAGCUUUUGUGUUUUUUUUUAGGAUUAAGCAUCUUUAAAAGUCGAUCAACUUUCUUUCAUGGAGGGAUGAUAAAAGGGGGGGUCUUGUUUGGUCUUUUGGAUGUGUACCGACUUGGGUUUAUUCCAAUUUCCUUUUACUUUGAUUUGGGUUUCUUUGUAGGAAACAGUUCUCUCUUAACUCUUAGCUUCCAGUUCGAUCUCUUCUACUGAAUCCCUUUUACUCUAGUGGGUCAGGCAAACACUAAACCUCUCCACACGCUUUUAUGUAAUUUAUCUCUACAUCUUUGUCUUUCCCUUUAGAAAAAGAGAGAAUAGACAACACAAACGUGUGUGUCUCCUCGUGUGAGAAACAAGGACAACUGCAAAAGAGAGAGUAAGAAGGAUCUGAAUUAUUCUGAUAAACAUGGCACUAGAGGCAGUAGUUUACCCUCAAGACCCUUUUACUUAUUCUUGCGAGGACUUCUACCCUGUGGGAGGAGGGGCUUGGGGCUAUGACUUCUGCUUCCAAAAAGAAGGUAAAGCUCUACUUGGAAAAUUUGACAACAUAGAACAAGGGAAACAUCAUCUCCAUGCAAAUUGGGACUCCUCAUCUACUUCAGUCAUGCAACAUGCAAACGAAUGGGAUCCUUAUUCUUCACCUGAAGCUAAUCGCACUGUUGAUCACUCUCUCCCUGCAAAUGGAUUCCCUCCAUUAAUGAAACCUCCAGGUGUAGCUGCAACAGCAGCAGCAACGACGACGACGACGACGACGAACAGUAGACGAAAACGUCGACGAACCAGGAGCAGCAAGAAUAAAGAAGAGCUAGAGAACCAGAGAAUAACGCAUAUUACUGUUGAACGCAAUCGCCGGAAACAAAUGAAUGAGUACCUCGCUGUGCUCAGAUCCUUGAUGCCACCUUCUUAUGUUCAAAGGGGUGAUCAAGCAUCGAUAAUUGGCGGAGCGAUUAAUUUUGUUAAGGAAUUAGAGCAGCUCUUGCAGUCCUUGGACGCUCAUAAGAGGACUACUCAACAACCAGAACAUAAUGGCUACUCCUCACCGUUUGCUGAGUUUUUCACCUUUCCACAAUUCUCAACUCGUGCAACUCAGUGCAACAAUUCACAGUUCAUGGCAACUGAGCCCAUGGCCGCCUCCAAUAGCGUGGCGGACAUAGAAGUGACUAUGGUGGAGACUCAUGCCAACCUCAAGAUACUCACAAAGAAACAACCCAGACAGCUUUUGAAACUGGUUGCUCGAUUGCAAAGCCUAAGGCUCACCAUUCUUCACCUCAAUGUCACAGGUGUCGAUGGAAUGGCUUUGUAUUCAAUUAGUGUCAAGGUUGAGGAAGGAUGCCAUCUGAGCACUGUGGAUGAAAUUGCAACCGCUGUUAAUCAAAUGCUGCACAGAAUCCAAGAAGAAGCUGCUUUUUAGCUAAGACAUGAAAAGCCCUGAUUAAGUUUUUUGUUCUGAUAUCUAAUUUCUUCCAAGUUCCAACUCUUUUUUCCUUUCAUGUAAUUUGGAGAUAUAUAAUGUAGUGUUUUCAAUGUUUUACUAAUGUUGAGCAUGGUAAUUUUCCUUGCCUGGCAAUGGAGACAUGGACAAAUCAGAAAAAAGAAAUUGCCAUAAAACUAUAUAUUUUCCCCACAGCUAAAGUGCAGAAAAUAGACAGAAUCCUGUGACAAUUUUGUCUUUCUUAAAUUGUUAUGAUCAAAUAAGACACUUAAAGACAGGGAUGCCCAAAUCUUCUGAUCGACUUCUUUUGACAAGAAAACUUAUUUUGUAGUUCAAGUACCAUAUGAAGAGUGGUUAUCCUUCUUUGGACAAAUUGCUCUACGCCUUUAAAUUGUCUGAGAUAUGGGUGUGCUUUCUCUGUCUCGUAAAGGCAAAUUUUUACUUCUUUUACAGCUAUGUAAGUUGAUCUUUUCUAAUUGAUAUAGCUAAACUGGAAGAAGAAAGACUUGAAAACUUUGAAUAUCAUUUUUAGAAGGUAAAGCCUUCUUCAAAUUAUUGUCUGUGUAUGCUAUAAUCAAUUUAUGUUUGUAUGUGUAUAUAUUUGGUACUGCUCCUUCAGUAUUCCAGGGUGAUCACUGUUAACAUUGCCCUG